AUGGCAAGUGCUGAAGGCUUGCAUUUGACAUUUGUCGUUAUUAACUGCUUCUUCAACGCUUUCUUGUCUUUCACCGCCAUCGUAUUAAACAUCAUAACAGUGCAAGCGCUCAGAAAAACGUCUUCGUUGCCUAAGACUUUAAAAACAUUGCUACUAAGCCUGGCUGUGUCUGAUCUGGGUGUAGGCUUACUUGUCCAACCACUGUAUGUUGCAAUUCUUGUGAUGAGAAUCACAAACAGUACAGCUCAUUAUACGUUAAACGAAGUGCGUUUAAUCCAGGGAAAAACAUUGGUCUUGGCUUCCAAUUUUGGUGUUUUAGCAUUAACUGUGGACAGAUUCUUGGCCAUUCAGCUUCAUCUCAGAUAUCAGGAGCUUGUGACUCACAAACGUGUUGUUGCUAUUGUGAUCUCAUUCUGGGUGUUUAGUCCAUCAAUUUCCAUCCUACUUCAAUUGUAUGAUUUUAAUAUUAUGCGACCGGUCAUUUUCGUUGUUUGUGUCGUAACUACAGGAUUGCUUUAUUGCAAGAUAUACGCAUCCGUGAGACACCACACAAAGCAGAUUCACGCUCUGCAAGUACAACAGGCGACACAGAAUGAAGAUAUGGCAAAUGCCGCAAGGCUGAAAAAAUCUUCACUGGCUACAUUCUACGUUUAUUUCGUCUACUUAGUUUGCUAUUUGCCAUUUUCUUGUGUUGGUUUUGCCAAGACCGUCAACGAAGAAACUCCCUUGUUAUCUCAUUUAUUUCAUAUCUCAUUGACUCUUGUGUAUCUAAAUUCAUCCCUCAAUCCCUUGAUCUACUGCUGGAAGAUGAGACACAUUCGACAAACUGUUUUGGAUAUACUUCGAAAUAUUUUUGCGAUUGGUCCACACUAAAGAAAGGAUCUAACUGAGAAUAACUUCUGCCUUUUUCUUUCUGAGUGGUGAAAAUAAUAUCUUUCCAGCAAUACAGUUGGAAAAGUGAAACUAAAUAUAAACGGGAGCUGAAACCUCUUGUACUCUCUGUUCGAAGGCAAAGGGAUAAAUAUAUGAUCGAGCGAGAAUAAGUUCAUGAGAUUUCAGUUUGCUUUGGAAUAAUUAACAAAUAACGGAAACUCUGAAAGUAUUAUUUAUCAAAGUCAGGAAAGAGGGCAAAAAGAAAAAGCUAGGUGGUUUAGGACGAAUGACGAGUGACGUGAUAAAUAGAGGGCCGAGUUUCCAAAUUUUCAUGGGCAAAAAGGUUCUGUGUACAGUAAAGUGUCUUAAAAAGUUUAUAAGAUUUUGUUAACAAUGUGCAUGCAAUGAAGAAAACUAACUAAAGAGGAGAGAGAUCAAAACUAUGUCAAAAAAUCUUCCAUACGAAAUGUACCAAGAGUGGCGAAAAGAUUUACCGAUAUAACAACAACAACAACAACAACACAUGAUAAUAAAAAUAAUAUGAAUAAUACUAAUAAGAAUAAUAAUGAGAAGAAGAACAAGACAGCCUAUUUGUUGAGAGAGAAGAAAACUAGUAGUUUAUACUGUUGAGAAUAUAUAUUACAAUACUUGUAAUUGGUUCAUAUCAAUAAAGUUCAUGUAAAAAAGUUAAAAUGUUUUGAAGAAUGGUAAAAAUAUACCAUUUAAUCUGGGUUUUUUUUAAUUUAUCGAGUCCAGAAAUUACUAAUAAGAUCACUACAUUUGAAAGUUUCAGACUGGGGGAGAAAGAGCUCUCCUCACAGCGCAACCGAUUGGAACAAAUGAUCGAUAGGUAAAUGACAUCAUAAUACUAAAAUACCAUAUUACGGAACCAGAAAGCAGCCAUAAUAUGGCUCCCAUAUCAAGCAAAGAGCUUCUUGCUCUGAGAUUAAAAACUUAGAACCACAAUUAAGUAUAAGGCCCAGGGUUGAACCUAAGUACACAGUUUCCUCAUGUCCCAGUUCAACGACUUGCAAGCAAGUCUCGGCACGUGCGUUUAUAAUAAAGUUGAAACUUUGUAGGAGACCGUACUUAAUGUUUCCAUAGGCAUUUAGAACGAGCGAGUCCAAAAAAGUAAUUAUUGCAACCAAUGAUAUACAACAGAACAACAGUAACAACGUGAAAUGGAAAAAGAAAAAUUACAAAAUCGUAUAUUUUCCACUAUUCUUGAACUAAAAUGUGUUUUCUCCGACACAUUAAUUUUCCUGUUCGGUGGUUACGAGCGCUCUUUCAUAAUCAUGAAAGUUCUCCCACAAUUUCUAUUUCAAGGGAGGGUAGGGACGAAAAGUAGGCUCUUGUCAUUUAGCAACUUUUAACCGCAAAGAAAAACACACACUUCAAACACGCUGAAGCCUUUUUUUCUUUUUUUGGCCUACAAUGUAACUUCUGGGUCCACCAAUAAAUGUACCAACCAAUAAAGACAAUAACGUCUAAAGUUUUUACUACCUACAUUUAUCAUUUGUCAGGGAGGGGGUGAGGCUAAUUAUUAUUUCAUCAGUUUUAUCCAAAAACCAUUUUACCACUUCCUCACGUAUACGUGUAUAUAAGAAGACAUUUUACAAGAAAAUAAGCGAGGUUUUUUUGUUUGUUUGGUACGCAUUAAAUUGCCCGCAACGAUGUUGUUUUAGAUAUAUUUUCAAUAGAAUGAAAUUGAGAAAUAGUUGAUUGUCGUCCAAGACAUAUAUUGCUUUUUGCAGCAUGAUUACUCAUCGAAUUGCCACGUCGUGUAGGCUGGUUUCAUAAAGUUGAGGCUAUAAUGGAUAUUUUAAACAUUCUGAUUCUUGCUACUGAUUAAACUUUGACACACAAGACAGUCCAAGACAGCAUGAUUUGUUUAAGUAACUACCUACUGUGUCUUUGUUUAACACCCUAGCUAGCAAGUUUUUUAAUGGAUAAUAAGUUUCUUAUCUUAACUCCUCCCUGUGACUCGUCAUAGAUCGUUGUUUAUCAAAAGGUCUGCCCCAUAUUUUUUGCUUGGGUCCAGUAAAUACAUUGGAUUGGUCUCCUACUUGAUAGUCGGUUUUUCCUAUAAGCCAUCAAUAAACUCUUUCUUUGUGUAUGACUUUAUAUUAGCGAUUGAUUGCAACCAGCUGCUGCUGGUUUUCUUUGGCGGGAAAACGAAGAGGUCAUGUUUUGAUCCUUUCAUCCAUUGGCUGAUAACACAAAUAACGAACACUGUCCGAAACCAUUUUUUCUUUUUGACCGACGAACUUCAACACUUAGUCCGACCUAGCGCGUUUCGGUUUAAAUGAAAAUAUAUUCAAAUCACUCUGUGAUGAGGACGUCAUUUUAAAUUCUGGAUUACGGGCUCUAGCAGGAGGCCUGGGCUCUAGUAAGAUAUAGUUUUAAUUCCAAACAAGUGAAUAUUUCGGAUGCUAUGAGUACAUUUUUAUGUUUUAAUGGAGGGAGAAAAUAUCUUCUUGUUUAUCAAAUGUGCAUUAAAUUGCGAGCAACGAUGAACUUUUUUUAUAUUAAACUAAAAAGACUAGCGAUAAUAUGAUUCACGUUUUGAUAGUUGCCUCGAAUGAAUUUAAUACCACCAUCAAUUAAGUUAAUAAAGCAUGACAGUAUAUUGUUCUUGAAUACUUUUGUUAUUAAAAUGAAACUGAAACAUACUUUCCGAGUUGAUUGUAGCUUAAAACAUAUAUUGCUUUUUUGGAACAUGAUUACUCAUUGAAUUGCCACCUGGUGUUGGCUGGUUUCAUUAAGAUGAGACUACAAUGGAUGUUUUAAACGUUCUGAUCGUUUGCAACUAAUCAAGUCUGACACAUGUGACCGAAUGAUUUGUCAAGUAACAGGGGCACCCAACGAGAGUAUAGUUCAAAACCACAUAAACAUAGCAUUGUUGAACGUACUUUAGUAUUCAAACGGUAGAUAAAGGCUUAUUUUAUCCCCUAAAAAUUUUUCAUCUGUUCGGAUUUCCUAGCUGAAAGUAUAGUGAUCCGAAAAUUAUAGGGAUCAAAAUUUACCUUUUCGAAAAUUUCAGCCAGAAAAAAGGCUCCCGAAAAUUCUAGGUGACCUUUCUAGGGUAAAAAUCCGUUAAAAAUGGGCAAUUAUACGAUUUUUUUGAAGUUCGAAAAUCCUAGGAGAGGCAGGCAAGCAAGAAAUUUGUCAGAAAAUGAUCCGAAAAUUCUAGACCUCAAAUCGUCUUCCGAACAGAUAAUUUUCCGAAAAUUGUCGUUGGGUGCCCCUGAAGUAACUACCCACUGUGUCUUUGUUUUAAAACCCUAGCUAGUAAGGUUUUUUUUUUAUAGGUGAUAAGUUUUUUUCUGAACCCCCAGUCCUAUAACUUGUGGUAAGUCGUAUUUAAUUAAAAUUUGUUCUCUUUUUAUAGUUUUUGCUUGAGUUCAGCAAACAAGUUGGAUUGGUGUCCGGCCUAAUAGUCUGCUUUUCCUAUAAACUAUCACUGAACUCUUUUUGUUUGACUGUUUAUUUGCGAUCCUUUGCAAACCAACUGCCUUACCUAGCAUAGUAUAUUGUUCUUGAAUACUUUUUUAAUAAUAUGAGAUUGAAACAUACUUUCCCAGUUGAUAGUAGCUUAAGACAUAUAUUGCUUUUUUGGAACAUGAUUACUCAUUGAAUUGCCACCUGGUGCUGGCUGGUUUCAUUAAGAUGAGACUACAAUGAAUGUUUUAAUGAAUGUUUGCAAAUGAUCAAGUCUGACACAUAUAACCUGAGAUCAGGCGUUAUUAUUAAUUAUUAUUAUUAUUUUAUUUUAUUUUAUUUUUUUUUUUGCUUCUUUGCUUCUUUGACGCGAAGGUGGAAAAAUAACGUCUGAUACAUUCAUUUAACAAGCCAUCAACCGCCCCCUAAUUUACAUAAUCUAACGUCCGCUUGACCUGUCAUGUUAUUAGCCAAUCAGCGGUUUCCAGACGGGAAUCAAAUUUUGGUGGGAAUAAUGUCUCUUUCGCCGAAAUCAAUUUUAGGGAAGAGAAAAUUUUUAAGUACGUGCAGGUGGCGCUUCCUAAAAAAAUUUAAAUGUUUUUUUUUUGCCUUUAUUUAACAGCUACAAAUAAUAAAGAAUUUACAAGCUCGUUGACUUCGUUCUGUGGCGAAAGCAGUGGGAAAAAAAAUUAGGCUGGAACAUCAUAUUUCACAAACUGAAAAGUGCUGAGAAAGCGAAGAUCGCUCAGACUGAUUCGCAGGUUUCUGAAGGAGAAACUACCGUCAAACCAGGUCGAGAUUCCAUUCAUGAAUUGAUUAUUUGAAAAGUGAACCCGUUUGUCGCUUCUGUAACUUGUAGCCGGUAUCAAAUUGCAUUCAAAUGAUCGGCGAAUUUAUGACAGUAAUUUUUAGUAAACGAUGAAAUGGAAAAUAUUUCAAUGUCGGAAAUUUCUAUUUAGACAUUCUUCAAAUUCAAGAAAACUGAGCUGGCAGAAAUUUCAUAACCAACUCACGCGUGUGUAUUAACUGCUCAUUACGCAAGCAAAAUGCAGACUGAAAUCAACAACAGCUAACGGAUGGCGGCGUUUUGGCCAAUCGGAACAGCGCAAAUCAUCCGUAUUGUUUCCUAUCCAAUCAGGAAAAAGUUUAGAUUCUGGCUUUUUUGCAUGUGAUCUGUGAAAGAAAUGUAUGAUGCCUUCCUCCCAAAAACAGAUUACAGAGAUACAGGAAGAGGACAGGAUCGCAAGCUAGACACAUGAUCGAAUGAUUUGUUAAGUAACUACCCACUGUGUCUUUGCUUUAAAACCCUAGCUAGUAAGGUUUUUUUGUAGGUAAUAAGUUUUUUCUUCUGAAGCCCCAGUCCUAAGACUCGUCGUAAGUCGUACUUAAUUAAAAUUUGUUUGUUUUUUAUAGUUUUUACCUGAUUUCAGCAAACAAGUUCGAUUGGUGUCCCGCCUAAUAGUCUGCUUUUCCUAUAAACUAUCACUAAACUCUUUUUGUUUGACUGUUUAUUUGCGAUCCUUUGCAAACCAACUGCCUUUUCUAAUUUAAUAUUGCGUCAGUAGUUCAAAUAACUUUCUUCCAUUUGACUGACGAACUCUCAACACCUACAAAGCUCGACCUUUCGCGUUUCUGUUAAAAGAGAGAUAUUUUCAAAUUUCUGUGCAGUGAGAAGAACCCCCAGCAUUGCACAGACAGUUUUAAUUUCAGAUAAGUUGAAAUUUUAGAUGUUAUGAGUGCGUUUCAUGGACUCUCUUAUACCAUUGGCAGUAAUUUAUACCAGUCAAGAGGACGUCUAGACGCCUUAGACGUUUAAGUCGUUGCUUCUAAGCCUGUGCAUUUCUGAUCUAGGUGUAGGUUUUCUUAUCCAGCCACUUACGAUGGAAAUAACUAAAAACCGUAAAGAGACUGGCAACAUUAUUGCUUAUUGGGCUGUUGUUAAAGCAUAUGCCAUCCCUCUGAGUUUAUUUGUUUUUGCCGCAUUUUUUGGUGUUUUCCCGAUAACUGUUGACAGAUUCUUGGCCAUUCAUCUUCACAAUCUCAGAUACCAGAAACUUGUGACUCACAAACGGGUAGCUGCUGUCAGUAGUGAGCUCAUUCUGGGUGUUCAGUGUAAUUGCUUGCUUCUGGUAUGA